AACUCUAAAUUUGUUUAUUAUCCAAAACGUGAGCAUUAUAUUCACAUUAGUUGAUCUGCUAUUGCACAAAUCUGAAGUAAUUGUAAUCAUAUUGUUGUUGUAUCAUAUGAACAAAAGAGAAUGCCGAGGUGACAACACGAUGAAUACAGAAAACUUUGACUGCUAUGUUGAUGUACACAGUCAUUUGACAGAUGAAGUAUUUACAGAGGACAUUGAAAAAGUUAUAUCAGAGGCGAAAAAGGUAGGAGUGGCAGCAUCCCUCGUUGUUGCAGAGAAUGAACACCAGUAUGAGCAAGUCCUUCAUCUUGCAGACAGAUUCCCAGACUUUGUGCUACCAUGUCUUGGAGUGCACCCUGUUCAGGGAGAUCCAACCCAGGAGAGACGAAGUGCCAAUUUGCAGGAUAUCACCAAUACAGAGGCAUUGAUCGACAAACAUCAUGGCAGACUCGGUGCAGUUGGGGAGGUUGGGCUUGAUUUUACUCCCCGGUUUUGUCGAGAGGAGGGUGACAAAGAGAUGCAGAAACUUGUGUUGACAAGACAGGUGGAGAUUGCUCAGAAGCACGAUCUUCCUUUAAAUGUGCAUUCCCGAUCAGCAGGCAGGCCGACCAUAGCACUUCUCAAGGAGUUAGGUGCCAGCAAGGUAUUGAUGCAUGCGUUUGACGGGAAGCCAUCGGUGGGCAUGGAGGGGGUGAAGGCCGGCUUCUACUUCUCCAUUCCCCCUUCUGUCACCAGGACAGAAGACAGAGAGAAGUUUGUGCGGCAGAUUCCUAUAGAUCACCUUCUCCUUGAGACUGAUGCCCCUGCCCUGGCCCCAGUCAAACAGACACGCAACACCCCGUCCAAUAUCGUCCUGUCCUGUGAAUACAUUGCUAAAGUAAAGAAGAUGGACCCUUCUGAUGUGAGGCAGAUUACAACACAGAAUGCUAUUAAACUGUUUCCAAAACUUGCAAGUUUCCUUGUAAAAAGAAUGUAAAUAAAAUAAUACAUGGUC